AUGGCUCCAGCUAAGGCGGCCCCGUUCCGCAUGAAGUGGCUCGACGAUGUCUCGUGGCUCGUGUACGACAAGAGCAAGGACGCCGCGUUCUGCACCACUUUGCCGACUACUGCGCUUCCGAGUCGGUGUGUUUGGCGCAUUUUGAAGGCGUCGCGUACGUACGUCGCCUCGUCAAAGCCAUUGGGGAUCGCUUUCCCAUUGUGCCUCUUCAUCGAGCACAUGCGCUGCGCUCGCGACCUCGUCGCUUACGGUGUCGAUGAGGUCGAAUUCCUCCGCGUCAUCGACGCCGGGGACAGUAACGUUGCUCUAGAGUACGGCGCGCUCAAGCAAUACGUCAUGUGUACGGCCCCGCAGUCCUCGGCGAUGGAUUUUUUGACGUUCGUCCUCACUGACUCGCACGUUGCGAGGAUGUAUCCGUCCAUCCUACAGCUCGUCACCAUUGCUGCAACUCUCGCGCCGGGCUCCGUCGACUGCGAGCGCGCCUUCUCGCUCCAGAACCUCGUGAAGACGGACAAACGGACGUCCCUCUCAGCGAGCCACCUACAAGAUCUCAUGGUAUGUGCACGGGACGGGCCCGAGGCCUCCAAAUUAGAUGUACCUACCAUGAUGGGCGAAUGGAUUGCCGCCAAGGAGGAGUCAAACGCGAAAAGACGUCAACUUUGA